GGCUCACGUGAUCGUGCUAGGGGAGAAAACGCCUGACCCCAGCCCCGGGCCCUUAUCCGUGCAAUCCCUUUCUUCCUGCGGGUCCUCCGCCUCUUGCCCUUCAGACACCUGCGCGUCCCUCCACUCGGUCCCGGGGCCACACCGGCGCCCUGUCCGCCAUGUGGCUCCUGCCUCUGGCCCCAACUGGGCCCCGGCGGGACAACCCCCGUCACCUGCCUUCCUGCAGCCCAGCGCUGCUGCUGCUGCUGGGCAGCUGCCUGGGGGUCCCUGGGGUGGCGGCGGGCUCUCGGAGGCCCAAUGUGGUGCUGCUCCUCACCGACGACCAGGACGAAGUGCUCGGCGGCAUGACACCACUAAAAAAAACCAAGGCUCUCAUUGGAGAAAUGGGGAUGACCUUCUCCAGUGCUUAUGUGCCAAGUGCUCUCUGCUGCCCGAGCAGAGCCAGCAUCUUGACAGGGAAGUACCCACAUAACCAUCACGUUGUGAACAACACUUUGGAGGGAAACUGCAGUAGUAAGUCUUGGCAGAAGAUGCAAGAACCAAAUACGUUCCCAGCAAUUCUCAGAUCAGUUUGUGGUUAUCAGACCUUUUUCGCAGGGAAGUACUUAAAUGAGUAUGGAGCCCCCGAUGCAGGUGGACUAGAGCAUGUUCCUCUGGGUUGGAGUUACUGGUAUGCCUUGGAAAAGAAUUCUAAAUACUAUAAUUAUACCCUCUCUAUCAAUGGGAAGGCACGAAAGCAUGGUGAAAACUACAGUGUGGACUACCUGACAGAUGUCCUGGCUAAUAUCUCCUUGGGCUUCCUGGACUCCAAGUCCAACUCUGAGCCAUUCUUCAUGAUGAUCUCCACACCAGCGCCUCAUUCACCUUGGACAGCCGCACCUCAGUACCAGAAGGCCUUCCAGAACGUCUUUGCACCAAGAAAUAAGAACUUCAACAUCCAUGGAACGAACAAGCACUGGUUAAUUAGGCAAGCCAAGACCCCAAUGACUAAUUCUUCAAUACAGUUUUUAGAUAAUGUAUUUAGGAAAAGGUGGCAGACUUUACUGUCAGUUGAUGACCUUGUGGAGAAACUAGUCAAGAGAUUGGAGUCCAAUGGGGAACUUGACAACACAUACAUCUUUUUUACCUCAGACAAUGGCUAUCACACAGGACAGUUUUCUUUGCCAAUAGACAAAAGACAGCUGUAUGAGUUUGAUAUCAAAGUUCCACUGUUGGUUCGAGGACCUGGGAUCAAACCAAAUCAGAUAAGCAAGAUGCUCGUUGCCAACAUUGAUUUGGGUCCUACCAUUUUGGACAUUGCCGGAUAUAACCCAAAUAAGACACAGAUGGAUGGGAUGUCUUUAUUGCCCAUUUUGAAAGGUGCCCGUAAUCUGACGUGGCGGUCAGAUGUCUUGGUGGAAUAUCAAGGAGAAGGCCGUAAUGUCCCCGACCCAACAUGUCCUUCCCUGAGUCCUGGAGUAUCUCAAUGUUUCCCAGACUGCGUCUGUGAAGAUGCUUACAAUAACACCUACGCCUGUGUGAGGACCAUGUCAACACAGUGGAAUUUGCAGUAUUGUGAGUUUGAUGACCAGGAGGUGUUUGUAGAAGUCUACAACCUGACUGCAGACCCAGACCAAAUCACGAACAUUGCUAAAAGUAUAGACCCAGAGCUUUUAGGGAAAAUGAACUACCGGCUGAUGAUGUUACAGUCCUGUUCUGGACCAACCUGUCGCACUCCAGGGGUUUUUGACCCGGGAUACAGGUUUGACCCUCGUCUCAUGUUCAGCAAUCACUGCAGUGUCAGGACUCGAAGGUUUUCCAAACAUCCUCUGUAGCAACCUCUGCAGCUGGGUCCCAGCACACCUCUGUCUGAUGAAGUGAUUGUAGUAGGAAUCUGUAGCUUGUCCUCAAGACCACGCCCGGAAGAGUCUCUGGACUGGCUCUAAGUCCUGUUUGAAAAAGCAACCCAAUCAGCUGACUUCUUGUGCAAUGUGUUAAACUGUGAACUCCGCCCACACGGCAGGAAUGGCUGUCCCUGGUCCCUUCAUUCACCACAUACCGAAUGCUCCUGAGGUCUUUAUCCUCACCACACCCUUUCUGUCCUGGGGUUACAGUGCUUGAUUAUUCCCCAGGGGGUCAUAGUCUGAACUUAUAAGUCCCAUUCAGAUAAAUGGCAAUACUUGGGGGUGGGGAAAUGGGGUGGUUUACAGCUUGACCACUUCACCAUCAAAAACACCAAGAUCACAUAGUUUGAAGAAUAACCCUCAGAGCUGAGUCAUCAAAGCAAGAACAAAUACCACUAUUUUCAGAUUAGUAGAAAUACAUUGUUUAUAAUAUCACAAUGUGAUAAGGUCACAAGCUCAAAACCUGUCAGCCAGCAAAGCACGUCUGUGUUGUUUUUGGGGUUUUUUGUUGUUUUCCAUGUUCUGGGCUGUUGCUACACUGAAGUAGAAGAGUAAGUUUUUGGUACAGGCUAGUAAUUCAAGGUAGUUAUAAAAGGUGAUAGCCAUCGACUUCCUGAUGGCCGCUAACCACAUGGAGUGCCAGUCAACAACAGAGGUAUCAGGGGAAUGUCUCUUCUCUUGAUAAUUACUUCUCUGAGAUCUGAAAAACAAAGUGGCUUAGGUAGCUUAGUAUUUCUCAGUAGAGAAAAAAAACUUGCAAGGGUUGAUGAAGGUUGCCUUUUCUGAGGACCUUCUGUAGACAGGGCCCUUGGGUUGACAGGUUGAAGGGCUAUUGUUGGGAUUUAGUAAGUGCCUGUCUAGCAGGGAGCCUGGCUUUCAAUUUUGACUCUCUGCAUUUUGUUGACAUUCUCUUCAUUUGUUACCGUUUUUGCAAAGGUCUGGCUGCUUUACCCUACCUACCUUCUUCCCUUUUAGAGAAGUUCUUCUAGAGUGUUUGGAGUCUAGCAUAAUUCAGGCUGCAUUCACUGUUCCCCUGGCAAAGCCAGAUCUUGUUGAGGUUUCCUGUGUAGAACACCUACAUUUGUAUGUUUCUGGACUCAAAGACCAAUCCCGUUUCUAUUGUUUUCUUCACAAGACAGUUCUCUGUAGGGGGUCAGCGGGGUGGGGGGAGGAAGAGCUGUGGUUUAUAACCUGUUCAACUCAGGCAGUAGUGAUUUUAGCUUUAUGUACGGUCUUAGGUUGAGCUUUAAGCACUUUGUAAGACAUGGCUGUAAGCAACUUCUCUGUCAGAACUCGAGAGAGCCAUGUUGGGUCAAUAGCCAUUGGGUUUAUUCCUUUACCUCAUGCAAUCCCAGCGACUGUGGGGGUAUUUAGAGGUGAAAGAGGCAAGUGAAACGAACACCUCUGCUGUGAAUGUUUUAGGGAGAGAAAUUCUCAAUAUUUUGUAACUAAAAGCAAACUACAAUGUUAAAUAUGGGUAUUAGCUUUAUUCUACACUUUGAUUCUUAACAUUAUCAGUCAACUUCUACCUUAAUGAAAGUUGACCUUAGUUAUUCCCGAAUAAAAAGAAACCAAUACUUACCAGGUCUUAUAUUGUGAUGUCCUAUUAUUCCAUUUUAGGAUGCUGGUCCCUGAGAGCAGGUAGAGUCCUAAGAGCGACACAAAUCAGCUGCCCAGUGUCCCUGCCACAUUGUUCUCACAUUCAGCGAUUUCUGUUCGGGUGGCAGGAUGGGGUGCCCGCCUGUGUCCCUCUCCUGUAUGUGGUAUGCUUCCUGCUAACCUUGAAGUGGCCUCUAACUUCACCUUCUCUCAGCCUCGCUUCAUUCUGGAUCUGUGCUAAACUCCCCUUUCAUAAAGAGGCCUCCUUUUAUAGCCUAGCAGACAAAAUGCACUGAACUUUUGGCAAUGCCUGUGUACAAGGAACCCACGGCAAGAGGCUUGGCUUGUUUCUCAAUUAUAUGAAUUUGAAUUAUUUUAUCUUUUAAAGAAGGCCAGGUCGGGACUCGUUGGUACCCUUCAGAGUAGAAAACUAACCAUUAGGAGGGAUCCAAAGCCCUAAGAAUUCAUAGAGAUUCUGCCUUAAAAAAUUUCCUUCAGGGGCCUCCCUCGGACACAGAGUGGGGAACCCCUGUGUCUCUGAAUUUGAGCAAUGGUACUGUUGCAAAAUACAUUUUUAAUUCACAAUACUAUGGCUUUUGUACAAAAUCGUAACGGUAGCCAUGGAAAUUAUACCUUCGUCUGUGAGAAGCGUUCUUAAAUUUAUUUUUAGCAUCUAAAGAUCGAUGCUUUAAAGCACUAAAGGAUUUUUCCAGGGUCCUUUUGAAGAGGAAGCGAAGGGUACUCUGAUCCACCAGAGACUGAUAGAGGAGUAUUUGCUUCUCUACUUUUCACCACCACUCGGGUCCCACACAGACUGUUGUGAAUUCGUGCGUUUGCAUCUUCUGUUCCCAGAAGUCACUCUGCCUUGGCUUUGUGUCAUCUCGGUCACCUGACUUAGAAAGUGCCCUUCCAAAGACCCUGUUCACUGCUGCACUUUUCAACGAAUUAAAAUCUAUUUCUGUUCUA